AUGUAUUCGACCGUCGUAAGGAGAGAACGAGUUUUAGGCACUUCUGGUUCUUAUCAUUAUAAUUAUCAUUACGAUAACAAGCAGAGCGGUGGUGCAGUUCUAAGUCGUUCCAUAUCAGUAACACCGGUUACCUACCAACGUUAUACAAGUCUCACGCCACAACGAACACUCGCGUAUACAGAUUUCGGGAAAGUUGCAAACGUACUCAUGAUGGGCCCUGAGUCAACGUAUGAUGAUAUACGUGAAGCAUUUAUGAUUAUAGAUUCUGAUCAUUCAGGUCAAAUUGAUUUUCAAGAAUUAGCCAGAGUGAUACCUGCUAUUAUCCCUGAUGCAAAUUUAAGCACGCUUCGUGCGGCGGUUCGUAGGUUUGACAAAAACUUUGAUGAUAAACUCAAUUUGACUGAAUUCGUCACUCUUAUCACAAGUGGUGUUGCGCGAAAUGUUUUCGAAGGAGCACUUUUCGUGUAA